GUUUCAAUCAGAGCACACACGUCAACAAAGUUUUGCUUUAUUUCAGUGCCUUGAUUUCAGUCAAUGAGUCAAGUUUUCAUUUUUCAUUUUCACCCUUGUGUGUGAGUUGGACGAAAGAGCCAAGCCGCUACGCGCCCUAACCCAAAACAACAACAACAACAACCUUGUGUGUGAGAACCCGGCGAGGCUGUAGCCGCAGCCUCCCGCUCCUCUGCCACUGUGGAUCUGGAUCUGGAACGGACGCCCAGUCGGCAGGCCUCCGAGACUGCUAUGCAGGACUGGAGGAACGCCAUCUUUAACCCACCGCCGUCAGCCUCGUUCACAUAUAAAAUGGGUAACUCGACGGUGCGACUGCAGAGCCGCCUGGUGGUGGCGCUGGGAAUUAUCGGCGGUAUCGUGGUGCUGUAUCUUAUGCUCCAGCGCAGCUCUGGUGGAAUGACUGUCGCUCAAACUGUCUGGGGCAAGUCGGCUCAGACUAGGUGUAACAGCAGCUACCCCCUCUCACGCCCGCUCCCGGGCCGGGGCGGCGUGGGCUCCCGUUACCGUAUCGCCGUCAUCACCGACCUAGACCAGGCCUCGCGCCGGGAGGCGAGCUGGAUCAGUCUCCUGCGACACGGGUGGUUGGAGUGGCAUCACCGUCACGACGGGCGACCCCCGGCAGCGGAGCUGACCUGGGAUGAAGAGGAUGUGACGGUGAAGUCGUCACUGGCAAAUGGUGGUCGCGCCAUGGAGCUCUCCGAGCUGGUCUCGUUCGGCGGACACCUACUUUCUGUUGACGACCGUACCGGGGUGGUGUACCAGCUCACCAAUGGAAAGGCCGUACCCUGGCUGAUUCUGGCAGACGGGGAUGGUCAAGUCGCCAAAGGAUUUAAAGGCGAGUGGAUGACGGUCAAGGACAACCAUCUCUACAUUGGUGGUCUGGGAAAGGAGUGGACUACAGAGACGGGCGAGGUACUCAACCACAACCCCCAGUUCGUCAAACGGGUCACCUGUGACGGACGGGUGGAGCACAUAGACUGGAGGCCGGCCUACCAGGCCCUGGUGGCAGCGGCCGGUCUCACGCCGCCCGGGUAUCUGAUACACGAGGCCGCCGUGUGGAGUCAUGCCAGGACAGAGUGGAUGUUCCUGCCGCGGCGGGCCAGUAAUGAAAAGUACGAUGACAUGGCGGACGAGCGGCGAGGAACCAACAUACUACUGAGGGCAGAUGAGACGUUCACAAACAUCAAGAAGAGCGAGGUGGGGCCUAUCAUCCCCACCCACGGCUUCUCCAGUUUCAAGUUCAUCCCGGGCACGGACGACACGUGGAUUAUCGCUCUGAAAUCCGAGGAAGACAGCGCCGCCAACCGGACAAACACCUACAUUACAGUUUUCUCCAUCGACGGACAGGUGGCGCUGCCGGAAACUCCGCUCAAAGGAGCAAUGAAGUUCGAGGGCAUUGAGUUUGUUUGACGCUAGGAAACUUGGGGUAUGGACAUUUGGGAGGGUAGGCUUUUGAAGAGAAUUGAGAACGGGCAUUGCAGCUCAAGAAAGGACAUUUUUGUGUGCGCCGGUACUGGCGAGCAUGUGUGAUGCUGCUAGGGGUUGUGUAAAAAGGUGUUCUGUCGUAUGAUUUUAGAGAACUGCUUCAACUACUAUUGUUGGAGUGUACGUUCCAAAUGUUACUCAGUGGAUCUGGAAACAAGUGCCAGACUUGUAUAUGGUCUUAUGUUUGUAUUUAUACAUCAUAGCCAGUAUGAUGAAUGUUUUUACCGGAUUUGUUUACGGUUUUGGUAAAAGUAAGUGCCUAAAAGUAAAAAAUCUCAAGGAUUAGGAAGCCCGCAGUGCUUAAGCGUCACAAAGUAUCUUAAAAUAAUUUAAAUUAAAUGACUGAAUUUCAGUUGGCAUGUAUGUAAUGUAUUUAUUGGUCGUGAGAGAUUGGAAUGAGAUGCGAACUGCGAAGGUCGCUUUAUGUAGGACUUGGUUCGUACGGAAGAUGCUCAGGUGUAUGUCACGUGCUGACUUUGUUGCGUAGUGCGAUCAAGACACGAUGGUAUGCGUGGAGCGGCGCGUUGGAUUUGUACGUAACGACGCAGUUCUCUAUACACCGUGUAACGACGGGUGUUUUUAUUUUGUCGCUAUUCCGUGAAUAAGAAUCACCAGCAAAAUGCUGGCGGAGACUCUCUCCCAAUGUGAUUGUUGAUCGAUGAAAUCACAAGUGUACGCUAUGGUGUACGUGAGACAUGUUUCUUAAAUGCUCUCUCUUUGUCACAAGCGGUCAACUGUGAUGGCUUUUCUCUAUCGUGGCGUCUUGCACAGACUUGUGUGCAAUGUCAAUCGACAUCAUUCGAAAUAUACAUGUUUGAAAUA